AUGGCCGCGCUCACUUUGGGUCUACGAAUCGUCUACGAUGGGUUCCGGGCGCUGAAAAUCAACGUGACUGAGCAUGUCGAUACGCUGGUGGACGAGGUGUAUCAAGAUACGGCCGCUCUCCGUCUUACACCUCCCAGAAGGAAAGCAGUCUUCAAACCCAAUGGACUUUCAGACACAUUGGACAUGUUUUGGGAUACUUCGGAGAGCAGUACCGUAUACAGGCAAACUCGCCGCGCAAUAUCCUCGCUAGACAUGGAUGAUCCAGCAAUCAGAGAUAGAAAUAUUGUUAGUGCUCGUGUGUACGAGCUUCCCGAAGAACAUUAUACCAUAACGGAUAACGAUGUCUGCGUUGCGUCCGCGGAACGUCCCAAAGUUGCAGCCUUGUCUUUCCUUGCCUCAGCUACCAGCGGAAGCACUGCCAUCACGUCUACACAACCCGUUCGAUCUCCUUCCCCGAUUCUUCGAACUGGAGGCGCACCUCCCACUGCUCCUCGGAGCAUGUCAAUGCGAACUAAACCCGAAGAUGCGUUAACUGGAAACGGAAGCCUGGUACAUAGGACACUAGCUUCCCGCAUCGGAGGGUCGGAGCCUUAUCCUACCUCGGGUGCACGUCGCUCUCCCUCCAGAUCUGGCAACCCGGCUCUUACUACGAGCGCUGGGGAACCAACGUCGUCUGUACCUUCCCGAUCCGAAGCAGUCGCGUCUUCAUCUACACCGACAACUUCCACGCGUCCUUUGGCACAAGGAAUCUCUAUAUUGGGUGCUUCUCAGAACCAGAGCACCGCGUCAAGAAAGUCUUCAGAGGCCCGCUCGUACAGUCGCUCGCGCGAUGCCAUGGAUAUCGAGCGCGAUCGUCACCGAGAAAGGGAUAGAGAAAGGGACAGGGAUAAGGACAGGGAUAGAGAGCAUGACCAUGAUAGAGAUCGUCGCAGGGAACACAGGUCAAGAGAUCGGGAGCGCGGUGAACGUAGUGAACGUUCGGUGCCCGAAUGGCGCAUGUCCGAUGAACGAGAGGGCAGACGGCGCGCUGAGGAAGAAUUGGCCGAACUGCGUCAGAAGUUGGAUGCCGCUCUCUCCCGGGAGGGUCUUCUUCAUCAAGACGUCAAGCGUUUGGAAGCGGAGAGUCAAGUUGCACAAGCUCAAACCGCCGAUUUCGAAAGCAAGUUCCGGAUCGCGCAGCGCGAGCUCGCUCAUGUUGAGGAUGCUCGUCGUCUUCUUCUGGGUCACAAUGGAAGUGCUUUACGCGGGUCUGGCACUAAUAUCAUCGAUAUUGUUCGCUCGCUCGAGAGACAGAUUGAAGCACUAGGAGAAGAGCUCGCGAAGGAGCGAAACCUAAGGCAAAUUGCUGAGGAUGCUUUGAAUAAUAUGCAACGGGGCGUAGGCAUUUUCGCAGGCAAUCUAGCCGGCGCGUCUUCAUCUACGGGUUUCAUGAGUGCGUUUGGUAGUGGGGCGGCCGGUGCUUUGGGGACGGGGGCGGGAGGAUCGAACGGGAAUGCGCUCAAUGCGCUCGUCGCAGGCUUAGCCGGUCAAGAAUCACAACUGGCAGCAAACUUGCUGAAAGCGCUUGUUGAUCAGUCUUCCAACCAGCAAGUAAAUGGUAAGUUGUCUUCUUGA